AUGUCAAAUCAAUCUUCACGCAAACGAAGCAGAACCUUAUCCCAAACUUUUGUUGAAACUCCAAAUCUUGUAGUCGAAAUCAAUCUACCAAGAUCCUUUGAUUUGGCGGAGAAGCGUCGAAAACGUUCCGAGAGGGAAAAACGACGCUUUCACGAGUUCAAUAGCACUCUACAACAGGCACUUGGAAUGGUUCCAUUUGUGUCAGGCCGCCCGGGUAGACUUGAGACAAUCCACCUCAUCAGCGAGUACAUAAAGUUUUUGUGUCAAAUUUUAGAGAUUGCCCGCAAAGAAAUUGAGAAAUGUGCUUACUUGGAGAAUCAAAAUAUUGCAUAUCCCGAGUCUCAACUUAAAUAU